AUGGCUCCUUAUGUGACUUUUGAGUCGACUCAAAAGUCACCUCUUUUUGAGUCUAUUAAAAAACGGCUCCUUAUCCCCACAAAUCGCUGUGUGUUCCGUUGGCAGGAGUUUAUCAACGCACAAGAUGCCAAGGAAGCGCAGCAGCGCUGUGAUGGCAUGGUGGUGGAUGGGGCGAGAAUCAUUGUGGAGAUGUCCAAACCAACCAACCAGCCCUCGAACCCACCGCGCUGCUUCACCUGUGGGCAGGAGGGCCAUCGCUCCACGGAUUGCCCGGACAGGCAGAGGCAGCACCACUCGCAGGUGGUGUGCUUCGGGUGCAAGCAGCCCGGGCAUCUGCACAAGCACUGCCCUAACCGCCCUGCUAUGCCGGCCAAGCCUAGCGGGGUGCCAUCUGGGUCUGGGGUGAUCUUGGAUUCAGCUGCUGGUGGGAUGAUCCCUGGUGCUGCUGCGGGAAUGCAUGAGGCGGCGGCAAGUGGUGUCAAGUGCUUUGGGUGCAAUGCAUCCGGACAUGUGCUCAAGGACUGCCCCCAGAUUUCUGUGGCAGGUGCGGACCGUGCGGAUCAGCAUGAGAAGCAGCGCAGGUGGGACAAGCGUCAUUCGUCGCCCACCUCCAGACAGCACUCGCCCAGGCGUGAUUUGAGAGACAGGCUCGGGCGGGGCGAGAGGGAUGAGAGGAGGGAUGGAGGCCGGGGACGGGACGAGAGGGACAGGGAUGAGAGGGAGCGAGGGAGGAGCGAGAUCAAUAGGGAGAGGGAAAGGGAGCGGGAGCGGUGGGGAACGGAUGGUAAAAGAGGUUAUGAUCAUGGUGGUGGUGGUGGUGGUGGUGGUGGUGGUGGUGACAAGAGGGAGCGUGAUUAUAACGGGCUUGGCAGCCCAGGGAGCAAGAGAGGUCGUGACAAUAGCGAGCGGGACAAUGCCGGGCGCGACAGAAACGACCGUGCCUUUAGGGAUCCGCAGGGAGGAGGAGGUUAUUUUCCAAGCAGAAACGACCGUGAUUAUAUGGAGGGCAGCGGUGCAAAGCCCGAAGCCAGACUGGUGAUGACUGUUUCUGCCACUCCCCCUAAAUCUGUUCCUCCUUAUAAUCCCCUGCCUCCUGCUCCUGCUCCCGCCCCCGUCUCAAACAUGCCAUAUGGCGGUGUGCCUUAUAACGGGUCGGCUUAUAGUGGAGUGGGUUAUGGGGGCGCAGCUUAUGGGGGUACAGCUGGGAGCUCAGGGGAUGUGGGUGGGCAUGUGGGAGUGGGAGUGGGCGGGGGGAUGGAUAUGGGGAUGGGUAUGGGGAUGGGAGUGGGGGCUGGUAACGGGGGUCAGGUGUACGGGCAGGGUGGUAUGGCUGUCUCUAACAUUCAGCAGGCUCCUCCUACUGCUGGUGCUGGUGCUGGUGCUGGUGCUGGUGGUGGUGGUGGUGGUGCUGCUGCUGCUGGUGCAAUGGGUGCUGUUGUGUCGGGCCCUGGCUUUACCCUAGGCACCGUUGCUCCUCCUCCUGCUCCUGCUCCUGUUGCUCCUGCUGUUACUGCUCCUGCUGGUGGUGGUUCUGCUGUGUAUGGUGCUGCUGGUUCUGGUGGUUACGGUGGUGGUGGUGUUUCUGGUCCUGGCAUGCAAGGCAUGCAAGGCAGUGGAAUGGGUAGGGGCAUGCAAGACAGUGGAAUGGAUGGGGGAAGUAUACCAGGGAGUGCAGAUGGAUUAGGAAGAGUGGUGAGCAGUGGCGGGAUGGGCGGAGGAAUGGCAGGAGGAAUGGCAGGAGGAAUGGCAGGAGGAAUGGCAGGAGGAAUUGGGGGAGGAAUCGGUGGAGGGAUGGAGGGAGGGAAAGCGGGAGGAAUGGGGGCAGGAAUGGCAGGAGGUUUAGGAGGUGGGGUUGGAGGAGGAAUGGGGGGUGGAGGAGCAAUGGGAGGGGGAGGAGCAGGAGACGUGGUGUAUGUGGCUAUCCCAGCGGCAGCAGCAGCAGCUGCGGCAGCGAGGGGCGAGCAGCUUAUUCUAGUGAGUGCCAGUGAUGGCCGGCUGGUGGGGCAGGAUGGGGUGACUCUGCCGCAGGGCGGGGGGAUGCAGCAGGGGGGGAUGCAGCAGGGGGGGAUGCAGCAGGGGGGAAUGCAGGGGGGAAUGCAGCAGGGGGGGAUGCAGGGGGGAAUGCAGCAGGGGGGGAUGCAGGGGGGAAUGCAGCAGGGGGGGAUGCAGGGGGGAAUGCAGCAGGGGGGGAUGCAGGGGGGGGUACAGGGGAUUCAGCAAGACAGGGUGCAGCAGGGGAGGGUAGAGCAGGGGGGGAUGCAGCAGGGGGGGAUGCAGCAGGGGGGGAUGCAGCAGGGGGGGAUGCAAGGGGGAGUGCAGGGGAUGCAGCAGGGGAGGAUUCAGGGGAUGCAGCAGGGAGGGGUGCAGGGGGGGAGAUUGCAGCAGGGGGGGCAACAGGGGAUGCAGCAGCAAGGGGGGAUGCCGCUGCAAGCAGAGACAGGGGGGCAGCAAAUAUUUGUUGUGGGGCAGGAUGGGAUGUUGACUCAGCAAGCUGUAAGACUUUCUGGGCAGCCUGUGGGGCAGCAGCAGCCACUGCAGCUCGAGCAGCAGCAGCAGCCACCGCAGCAGCAGCACACGGGAAUCUCAGGUGAAAUGUCAGGUGUUUUGCAGCAGUAUGAGCCAGUUCGCGUGUACGGUGAAGUGGGCAGCUCCUAUGGCGCCACUUCUGCUGGGGGAAGAGCGGAGGGACUUUGUUCGCAAGGCUCCUAUGGCACUACUGCAAAUACCCCUGGACCUGGGGGGUAUGGUGCGAGUGCACCCUACAGUGGUGGUGCUACUACUGGUGACUCGUCCCUCUCUACUCCCCCUUGGCUUGCCACUGCCCCGGUUUCUACUACAAAUGCUCCUCCCCUCCCCCCUGGACCACCUCCCACUUACGACACAAGAAUCGACACAAGGGGUGCGUCUGCAGGAGCGGGGUUAUCAGCCCAGCCGUACGCUGGUAACCGUAACACGAAUACCAGUGAGCAAUUCAUUGGCAGCAGCAGCAGAUCCAUCGGGCCCGGUGGUUUGUCUUACGUUGUUGAACCCCCCCCCGCGAUGCAGCCGGGCCAGGGGUACUCUGCCAGAGGACCAGAACCGGCAGGGUCCGGCGGGUAUAAUAAUGGUGGCAUGGGGAGCAGUAACACCGGGAGCGGUGGUUUCGGGAAUAGUUACGGUGGUAAUGUGGGUGCGCCUGGUGGUGGUGUGGGCGGUGGUUACUCCAAUAUGCCCUCUUAUACGCACACGCCUGCUCCUCCUCCUCCUGCUGAGGUUUAUUUUAGUGGGGGCAGUGCGUAUGGUGGACGGGCAGACGGAAUUAUUGGUCGGGCGGAGGGUUUUAUGGCUCGGGCAGAAGGAGGGGCAGGAGGAAAUGCGGGCUGGGCAGAAGGAAAUAGAGGAGACGGGAUUUUGGGCAAGCCGCAGGGACUGAUGAUGAGUCCACCAAUGGGGAGGCCGCCACAGGAUCAGGAAUUUGCGAACCGAGGGAAGCGGGGUGGGGCGGGCAGGAACAGGGGCAACAGCGGCGGUGCAGGGGGUCGGGACAGGGAUCGUGGCAGUGGCGGUGGCGGUGGCGGUGGCAGUGGCGGUGGCGGUGGCGGCGGCGGUGGCAGUGGUGGUGGUAGUGGCACAGGGGGGCGUGAUCGUGGGAGUGGCAAGGGGAGUGGUGGUGGUGGCAGUGGUGGCGGUGGUGGCGGUGGUGGGGGUGGCACCACAGGGGAUCGUAAUCGUGGUAGCAGCAGUGGUGGCGGUGGUGGGAGAGAUGGCGGUGGUGCUAAGGAAAGUCGCCACCGUUAG